AAAUGCCUAGUGAAGUCCUAAGUCACAACUCACAAGCAAAGCAUAAACAUUACUGAUAGUUCUCAUCCACAACACAAUGAUUUCCAAUCCCAUGUUAAUGUUACUAGUUGUGGUACUGCUGGUGGUUGGUUUUGCAAAGUCAGAUUUAAGUAAGGACAGAGAAGAAUGUGCAGACAAACUAAUUGACCUAGCUAGCUGUGUUCCUUACGUUGGUGGUGAAGCCAAAACCCCCACCAUAGAUUGCUGCACUGGUCUCAAAGCGGUUCUUGACCGGAGCAAGAAAUGCCUCUGCAUCCUCAUCAAAGAUCGCGACGACCCCAAUCUUGGCAUCAAGAUCAAUGCUACUCUCGCUAUUCAGCUACCCUCUGCUUGCCACUCACCUGCUAAUAUUACUCAGUGUGUAGAUCUUUUGCAUUUAGCACCUAACUCUCCUGAUGCUAAGGUGUUUGAGGGAUUCCAAAAAUCUGCCAAAACAAACAGCUCCACCCCAGUUUCAGUUUCCAGUGGUGCUGAGAAGGGAUCAAGCUCAAGUGCUCAGGAAAAGAGUGGUGCUGUCUCCACAAUUACAAAGGCACACCACCUGUUUUACUCUAUCUUACCAUUACCAUUAUUAUUUCUUGUUUGAACCACCAUCAAGCUUGCUUGCUUCAUCUAUUUCUAGCUAUUAUUGUGUGCUAAACUGAAAUAAAAUCUAUCUAUCUAUUUGGGUAAUGGGUAGUAAUUAUCAAUAUUUCUUCUUGUUGGAAUGUUGGGUCUCUACCUAGUA